UCUGACCAGAAUUUGUGCACUUGUGAACUGGACUACAGACUAUAAGAGAGAUAGAAGCAGCCAAAAUCAUCUCAGAAGAUGUCAUUGCUACAGAAACAAAGAGAAAUCCUGAAAACCUUUGCUGCCUUCGGCUCUGUUACACUGAGCUUUUUGUUAUUUGGAUUUAUGGUUGUGAUGAAUCAUACCUUCACAUGCCCGUGCAGAUCUGAUCAGAAUACAACGCUAACAGUGUCCAUCUUCAUUGGACCUGCUUUUUUUGCCUUGGUUAUAAUGUUCCACAUGUUAAGGCCUCUUAGAUAUGGAUGGUUUCAUUGCCCCAAAGGAGCAUAUGAUGAUAAUCGGCAGAACUGGCCUAAAGCUCUCAUAUCUUGUCUGAUUCCAUCUGUAAUGUGGAUCUUCAUGUUGUUACUUGAUGGUGAUUAUGUUGCUUGUGCCAUGACAGAAUGGAAGGGAGUUUAUGUUCCUAAUUUUGAUCAAAACAAGUCGUGGUGUAAACCUAUCGAAGGAUUGCGAAAUGAGACAGAGUUACGAGAUUUGACGCGCAAAUAUAUUCAUCAGUCUCAGUGUGCAGGUUAUGUUGUGAUCUCUAUCUUCAGUGCCUUGUCACUUGCUGUUGUGGGUAUUCAUGACUGCUGCAUUAGUGGAAAAUGUGACCGCUGCCCAAGUCGGCUGUUGUUAUUCUGUGGACGAAUAGAGAGACACAGUGAAGAAAAUGACCAAGGACAGGAUGAUGUAGAGCUCAGCCCCACCUCCACCAUCAGUACACACCCACUUGUUGUUUUUUCAAAAAGAGAAUAAACAGCUUAAUUUUCUUAAUUCUCUUUUUGCAUGUAUGCAUGACUCUUCUCUUUAUUAUAGUAAGAUGACAGCAUGAAAAGCAUGAAAACAAUUAUUUAACAUUUCAACAUUUAAUUAUCAAGACAUAAUUAAGUUACAGUUCACAAGUUUUUGUCACAAUAACCCAACAAACUAUAGCACUAUAACCAUAUGUCAACCAUGUUUAACAUAUAUAAAUAUAUAAGGAGCAUAGAAUAUGUUUUAAGAAACAAUACUGCACAAAUAAAGA